AUGCGAUCUUUCCAGGUUGCCCAUCGUCGGGCGUUACUACAAAGCUUCGUUGCCCCUGGGGCCUCUCAAAACUCCGCACUGAGUCAAUUAUGGAAGAGAUGCUUCAGCGCAACACCAACUGCUGCUUCCAGAUUAGCCGGCCUUGAUCCUUCCAAGCUUACAGUCACCAAGACGAGCACGCCCAAAGAGUUGACGGCUGCCAAGGACCUUGUCUUCGGAAAGACCUUCACUGAUCACAUGCUUUCGAUUGAAUGGACAGCGGCUGAUGGCUGGCACACCCCUCAGAUCGUUCCGUACCAGAACCUGAGCCUCGAUCCCUCAGCCUGUGUGCUUCACUAUGCAUUCGAGUGCUUCGAAGGUAUGAAGGCAUACAAAGACAACAAAGGCCAGAUCCGGCUGUUCCGCCCGAACAAGAAUAUGGCGCGUUUGAACAAGUCGUCUUCCAGAAUUGCGUUGCCCACCUUCGACGGCGAGGCUCUGACCAAACUGAUCGGAGAAUUUGUGAAAUUGGACAGCAGAUUCAUCCCCGAUGCUCGAGGAUACUCGCUAUACCUGCGUCCCACGAUGAUCGGCACUCAAAAGACUCUUGGUGUCGGACCCCCAGGUUCCGCCCUUCUAUUCGUGAUCGCAAGCCCUGUCGGCCCUUACUACCCUACCGGCUUCAAGGCUAUUUCUCUUGAGGCCACCGACUAUGCAGUCCGCGCUUGGCCCGGUGGUGUGGGAGACAAGAAGCUAGGUGCGAAUUACGCUCCUUGUGUUCUGCCUCAACUCGAAGCUGCCUCUCGGGGCUUCCAGCAGAACCUUUGGCUCUUUGGAGAAGAGGAAUAUAUCACUGAAGUUGGCACAAUGAAUCUUUUCGUCGCAAUGAAGAACAAGGAAACUGGUCAGAAGGAGCUGGUGACAGCACCAUUAGAUGGCACAAUUCUUGAAGGUGUCACUAGAGAUUCGGUGUUGGCUCUGGCAAGGGAAAGAUUGGUGCCAAAGGGGUGGGCCGUCGCAGAGCGCAAAGUCAGGAUGACCGAGCUUGCUGAAGCAGCCCAGGAGGGAAGGCUCAUUGAGGUCUUUGGAGCCGGAACCGCAGCUAUUGUGAGCCCUGUACGAAAGAUCAGCUACAAGGGUGAGCUUGUCGACUGCGGUCUGAAGGAAAACGAGGAGGCUGGGGAAAUCGCUUUGCAAAUGAAGAACUGGAUUGAGGGUAUUCAGUAUGGUGACGAGGAGCAUCCGUGGAGCUACGUCCUAUAG